AUGGCCCUCUCUGCAUCCGCCGUCAUCGUCAUCGCCAUCUGCGGCGCCGCCGUCGCAGUCACAAUCCUCUUCGCCUUUGCGCGCUACUGGGGCGGACCGAAUAUACUCGCUGAGGAGAAUUUCAAUCGCUCAGAAGCGCAGGAAAUGUAUAUGCGUCAGGUUCGGCAGCGAUCGCGCGAGUACGCUUAUACCGAGGCUGCUAGUGUUGCUGCUGCUUCUGGUGGUGGUGGUGGUGGGGCUGGAUUUGGGCUUUCGACACGCACGUCGCAGGUUUGGUCGAAUACAGGAGGAGGGCAGACGACGCCUGGGACGCCGGCUGCAGGAGGAUACUGGCCACGACAGCAAUAUGGAUAUCCGUCACCCGGAGGAGGAAAUGGUUAUGGGAAUGAGAAUAGUCCUGGAUAUGUGAAUUAUUCGUCAUAUGACGAAGCAGGAGGCGGACAGCAUUACUACGAGCAGCAGUCGCCGUACGGCAAUGAGUACUAUGAAUACGAACAGCAGCAGCAGCAGCAACAGCAGUAUCCCCCAAAACAGGCACAGGUGCAGGGACAACAGAGUACAAGUCCGGCAGGGAGUAGGCCGGUUAAUGGCGAGAGUUCAAGACGUCCGCUCGAUGAACACGCGCCUCCGCCUGUUUGA